UGGAUCCAGUCCGAAAUAAACCGAAAGCCCCUGGUUGUUUCGGACAUGCUGUCCGCUCCCAGUCCCAGUCGCAGGUCAGGUAAGGUCCAAGUCGCUCAAGUGGAAACACUAACCUGUACAGUAGUAUUCUAUUUGUACGCGCAAAACCAUAGAUAAUAGAUUGAAGAAAGAACAUUCAAGAAUCUGUUUUAGGAAGAUGAGCAGGCUUUGAUUGCGUGUGUGUGAUCAAGGAGGAAAGUGGAAUGGGUUGUUUUUCGUGCUUCGAUUCGCGGGAGGACGAGAUGCUGAAUCCCAAUCCUCAGCAGGAAAAUCACCACCAUGAACAUGAACAUGAUCAUGAUCUUAAGCCCCCUGUUCCUUCUCGUAUUUCCAGAUUGCCGCCCUCUGCCUCUGCAGGAGACAAGCUACGGUCAACAACAAGUAAUGGAGAGUCCAAAAGGGAAUUGGCUGCUGCUGUUCAAAUUGCCGCUCAAAUUUUCACUUUCCGUGAGCUUGCAGCCGCAACGAAAAACUUCAUGCCCCAAUCCUUUUUAGGGGAAGGUGGUUUUGGAAGGGUCUACAAGGGCCUCCUGGAAACCACCGGUCAGGUUGUGGCUGUUAAACAGUUAGACAGAGACGGUCUUCAGGGUAAUCGGGAAUUCCUCGUUGAGGUUCUCAUGCUCAGUCUUCUACACCACCCUAAUCUUGUCAAUCUCAUUGGAUACUGUGCUGAUGGUGACCAACGCCUCUUAGUUUAUGAAUUUAUGCCAUUGGGAUCAUUGGAAGACCAUCUUCAUGAUCUUCCCCCGGAUAAGGAACCAUUAGAUUGGAACACCAGGAUGAAAAUAGCUGCUGGGGCAGCAAAAGGAUUGGAAUACCUUCAUGACAAAGCAAAUCCUCCUGUCAUUUAUAGAGACUUCAAAUCAUCUAAUAUAUUACUUGAUGAAGGUUAUCAUCCAAAGCUUUCAGACUUUGGUCUUGCAAAGCUCGGUCCAGUUGGUGACAAAUCACACGUUUCCACCCGUGUCAUGGGAACUUAUGGUUACUGUGCCCCAGAAUAUGCUAUGACUGGACAGCUGACUGUGAAGUCUGAUGUAUAUAGUUUUGGGGUAGUCUUCUUGGAGCUGAUUACUGGCCGUAAAGCCAUUGACAGCACUCGACCCCAUGGAGAACAAAACCUUGUCACAUGGGCACGUCCACUGUUCAAUGACCGCAGGAAGUUUCCAAAGUUAGCAGAUCCACAGCUGCAGGGACGGUAUCCCAUGCGAGGUCUUUACCAAGCUCUAGCUGUGGCAUCAAUGUGCAUUCAAGAACAGGCUGCAGCACGUCCUCUCAUUGGGGAUGUGGUGACAGCCCUUUCGUUUCUAGCCAACCAGGCAUAUGACCAUAGGGGGGGAGCUGGUGACGAUAAAAGGAACAGAGUAUUGAAAAAUGGUGAAGGUGGAGGGGGAGGAUCUGGAGGCAGAUGGGAUUUGGAAGGAUCUGAGAAAGAUGACUCCCCACGUGAAACUGCAAGGAUGUUAAACAGCAACAACAGGGAUCUUGAUAGAGAACGUGCCGUGGCUGAAGCCAAGAUGUGGGGAGAGAAUUGGAGAGAAAAAAGACGACAAAGUGCGCAGGGCAGUUUUGAUGGUUCUAACGCUUAGUCUUCAUUGUACAAUUCCCAUAAGCAAUGCGAGGUGGAGCUCAUCUUUCAUAAAGCUGGUCUAGGACAAGUCUAAAAGGUCGCUUUGGCCAUUUAGCGGGUUCUACUUUCUUUACAAUCUUUCUUGCAGUGGCUGCAACAAAACAUAAUGAACCGGGUACCAAAAUCUUUUCUACAUCAACCUUUUAUGCACUUAGUUUUCUUUUAUUUAUUUUCAUUUACCGAGUGUAAAUUAUUUGCUAGAACUAGGAGGUCAAGGUUAUGAGGACCGACGCUUUCUGAAAAUGCUGCAAAUGACAAAAAUGACUAAUUUAGGUUUUUUUUAGCUAAAAUGCGACUAUCCAACAUUCUUUGUAAUUUUUUCGUCGUAAUCUUAGCUGUUAGCAAGAAACUUUAACAUAA